GCACACUGCAGUAGUGCAGUACCACCCGUUCUGUUCUGCUGCAGAUUGCAGACCCAGCCCUCCCCUCCUCCACGCCUAUUUAUGCCGACAAGAACCAGCAGGAACACACAGCAGCUCAUAUGCAUCGAGGCUAAUAAUCCUGAAUUCAACAGCGUGCACACUCGACACUACAAAUGGCCGUCACGGAGGCACUUCUCCUCCAGUCGCAAGGCGUCGUCGCUGCCGCACUGCUCCCGGCCUCGCGCCCGCGCCGCCUUUCCGGGCUCCUCCGGCUGCGCACGCGGGUCCAUCAGGCUAACCUCCGGCAGCUGGUCAGCAUCGACGACCUGCGGCAGGUCGCCCGGGACGACGACCACGCCGUCGUGAACGGCCGCGCGCCAGCUGGUACGCCGACGACGCCGGAGGGCAGCGGAGGCACCGGCACCGCGGCGCAGAGGCUCCGCGCGAUCGCCGAGGCGGCCGCGGACCGCGCGGACAUGCACGACAUCAUCGGGCGGCAGCGGGACAACUGGAACCACCUGCUGCUCCACUCCACCAACUCCCUCACGCUCGCCGCCUCCGUCAUGGCCGCGCUGGCGCCCGCCGCGCCGGCCAUGGCCGCGCUCAAGGCCUCGGCGGGUCUGCUCCUGGCCACGGCCGCGGUCACCAUGGCCGCUGUCAACAGGAUCCAGCCGUCGCAGCUCGCCGAGGAGCAGCGCAACGCCACGCGCCUCUGGAGGCAGCUCGAGCGCGACGUCGUCCGCGCCGCGCUCGACGACGACCACGGGGGCAACGUCCAGGUCCAGGAGGCCAUGGACAGGGUGCUCGCCCUCGACGCGGCGUACCCGCUGCCGCUGUUCCCCGGCAUGCUCGACAAGUUCCCCAGCACCGUCGAGCCCACCCGGUGGUGGCCCAGGCGGCGGCAGCCGCCGGCUCAGUCGUCGUCGUCCUCGUCGUCGGCCAAGACCGUCAACGGCGGCGCCCCCCGGCGAGGCGCCACGUCGUCGGGGAACGGCUGGACGCGGGAGCUGGAGGACGAGAUGCGCGGCGUCGCGCGGGUGCUCGGGGCCAAGGACGAGCAGGAGCACGUGUCCAACGCCAAGCUGGCGCUGCGGCUCAACCGCGGCCUCGCCGUCGCAGGACCGGCGCUCGCGGGCACGGCCGCGCUGGCCACGGCCUUCGUCGGCGAGGCCGCCGCGGGCUCCUGGGCCUCCGGCGCCGCCGUCCUGUGCGGCGCGCUGGCGGCGGCGGCCAACACGGUGGAGCACGGCUGGCAGGUGGGUAUGCUGUUCGACAUGUUCCGCAACGUCGCCGGGUUCUACCGCAAGGUCCAGGAGGACAUCGAGGCGUGCCUCGACGAGGCUGACGUCGAGAGGAGGGAGAACGGCGAGGUGUUCCGGACCAAGGUGGCGCUGAUGCUCGGCCGGAGCACGGCGGACCUUAGGCAGUUCAGGGAGAUGGCGUCGCCGUCGUUCAAGGACGACGACAUCAACGACUUCGCCGGGAAACUGUUUUAGACUCGCCAUCGUCCUAGACACAUAUAUAAAAAUGUUAAAUAUAAUGCUAAGUAGGAUAGGAAAUGACUCCCUGUUUAUAUAUGGUUUAGCUAAAUACAUCUUCAUCAUGUACUCGUAGCUAGUAUAAUGGCGAUCAUAAACUUCGGCUUUAACCAAUCACGUCUUUGUUCAGUAUAGUGUAUGGUGCAUCUAAUCUAAUGAU